UCUCAAUGUUUGUGUUGGGGAGAGGAUUACAAAAGCACAGGAUUUGCACCUUCAGGUUUUUGUAUGAUUAAUUAAAUGUUGGUUGCUAGAAGGAAAUCUCAAGUUUAAAACCCUUUGCCAAAAGUUAUUAGUGAACCUGUCCCCACUUUCUGCAGGGAGUCAAGGGGUUAAAGAGUCGCUGGCAGCUUUCCCGUCAGGUGUGGCUUGUGUGUGAAACCUGACCUCCUGCGAGAGACGGGAAAGUUACCGACUUCCACCGCCAGAAACUCUUUGGUCAUGGCGGACGCUAACAUCACCCCAAAGCCGGUCUCCAAAUGCCAGAGCUGCGAAGAGUUCUCUGCCAUGAAAUUCUCCGACGGCAGCAAAGAACUGAAAUACUGCAAAAGCCACUCCGUUUCCCAGCUGGGGGCAUUAAGCGGAUCAGCAAAGGAACCAGUCGUGGACCCUGGAAAUUUCACCCCUUCCCCAGAAGGAAAGACAGCGGAAGAGAAGAGCGCCGAAGACCCCAUCGACGACGCCGACAAAGUCCUGUGUGACUUCUGCCUGGAGCAGAAGGUCGCGGCCGUGAAGACCUGCUUGACCUGCAUGGUGAACUACUGCGAAACGCACCUGAAACCCCAUUUAAAUAACCCCAAACUGCAGAGCCACCGGGUGGUGGAGCCGGUGAACGACGCCGACCUGAGAACAUGCAGCAUCCACAACAAGGGCUUGGACUGGUUCUGCCAAGAGGACCUGGCGUGUCUGUGUGAAGACUGCGCCGCAGAGAAGCACGCCGGCCACGCCACCAUCACCUGCGUCGCCGCGAAGAAAGAGAAAGAGGCUGAAGUUCAGCAGGUCAUGUCGGACUACGAGUGGAAGCUGUCGUCCGCGGAGAACGCUAUUGUUAAGCUGGAAGCCAAUACCGCGUCCAUCCAGAACUCUGUUGGCGAAGCCCGGAGAGCCAUCGACCUUCAGUUUGCAAACCUUCAAGACGCUGUGAAGAAAGCCCACUCCAAAGUCAUCGAGUUUCUGGAACAGAGAGAGCGAGCGUCCCUCAACCAAGCCGACGGCAUCAAGACUCACCUGGAACAGAAGUGCAACGAACUCAAGAAGAGCAAAGCCAAGGUGGAGAGAAUUGCCAGCCGGAGGAAUGAAUUCUAUUUCCUCCAGGAGUACUGCGAGUUCAAGAAAGCAAAAGGAGACGACACGCUGCCCAGCGUUUACAUCGGGCUGAAAGACAAGCUGUCGGGAAUCCAAAAGGUUAUUACAGAUUCCACGGAGAAAAUUAUCCAAGCGCUCCAAACUUCAUACACGGAGAAACUCCAUGAGUUCGCCAAGGAAGAGGAUCUUGGCAUUAAGACAGUGGUGUCCGCCUUAGUUCCAGCCAAGCACCGGAUAUCCGCGCCCGAACCUUCCACCCGGGAGGACUUUCUGAAAUAUACCUCCAACGUUACUUUGGAUCCAGACAGCGCUCAUCGGUUUCUCAGGUUGCUACAGGAUAACCGCAAAGUCACCAACUCUGCCCCCUGGCAGCACCAAUAUCCCGAGCACCCGGAGAGGUUCGAGCACUGGCGUCAGGUCCUCAGCGAGGAGAGCUUUUAUAUGGGCAGGCAUUAUUUCGAGGUUGAGUUCAAAGGCGAAGCCAUCCACAUUGGGGUGACCUACAAAUGUAUCGACAGGAAAGGAUCGGAGAGCAACGGCAACAUCACCGGGAAUGAUUUCUCGUGGACCUUGAAAUGGAACGGAAAAGAAUUCUCUGCGUGGCAUAGCGACGUAGAAACGCCUCUGAAGACGGAAAAAUACACCAGGGUGGGCGUAUAUGUGAACUACCAGGGGGGAACGGUGGCAUUUUACGGCGUCACCAACACCUUGAAACUUCUGCACCAGUUUGAGGGUAAUUUUGCAGAACCUCUGUAUGCAGCCUUCUGGCUCCCCAAAAAAGAAAACUCUGUGACGGUGAUUGCACCGGACAACAUGUCUUUGCCCCAAACCGCUUCUUCAUCUCCCGUGGAAGCAUCAUCAUCAUCAUCUCCAAUGGCUUCAGAAGGAUCUUCUUCCAACACAAAGGCCGAGGUCUUGGUGAACACCACAGUUCACACCAUCAGAGUGGAGACUAGCAACGUCACCGACUCCGCCAACCCUACGACAGCAACACAAUCUUCCAAUGUUAUCCUUAUCCAAACAUCUUCAGAACCGAUGACGGAACCGACCACUGCCAAAGUUACCACCGUUUAGACUUUUGUUGGUUAAAUGUCAUUGUCCUCAACAAAAUAAUCAGUCGCAUACCUUGCGUGACAUUGUUGUCCAAACAGCUUCAAGAGGACGAGGUCAAAGAUAUGUACUGCACUGAAUGGCUUCAACGUAAGUGUUAAGUUAUGAUAGACCAAAUGGAUUGCGCAAUCUCCGAUAACGUAAACACUGACAUUUUCUCUUACGCUUUAAUAUUAACCUCUUCACAACCAUUAACGUUUUUAAGACACAGCUUUGUAUCUGACAAUAAAGAAAAUAAAAUGGAAACAUUUAGCGUAUUUAAGUCGAUGUCUUAUAAUAAGUAUCUUUACUAGAAAUAAAAGCUUUUUAGUCUCAGAAA